AUGCGACGAUUCACGACCAGUUUGCUGCUGGUGGUUGCCUUGACCGUGACCGCCACCGUCGCCUAUCCAGCGAGCUACGAGAAGGAGAAGGAAUCGGACACAUCGGAAGAUGCUGAGUAUAUCGUCGUGCCGUUGGCGCACCACCGCCCGACGUACUAUAACAGGUAUCCGUCAUCGUUUGAAGGCUUCGACGGUGUAGUGGAUACGGGGGAUUUCGCGCCGAUUCCGACCAGACCCGUGUACUUCCCAUCGUACAACCCGUUCUCGUGGCAUCUUUCGGGAUAUCUGGAUGAUCUUCUGAAACGUGUGCGAGAUCGUUUCUCGGGUUCGUGGAAUCCGUUCUAUGGUGGUGAUUUCGUCCCAUCCGGACCAGGAGUUUGGCCGGCGGAGCUUCCGGACGACUCGUCGGAAGAUGGCGUUACUAACUCUACCUCUACUGUGAAGGUCAUCGACGGACACAAGGUUGUGAUUAAUGAUACGUACUACACCAAGAAGACGGAGUUCGGUACCUCGAUCUUCAAGGUGCGUGUCAUUGACGUGAAGCCCACGGACGACAGCACUGAGGUGGUUACCACCCCGAAAGCACCAACUGACGUUGAGGUCGGCAAUCGUAAUGGGGCGGAUGGUGAGUCGGAUAAGAAACCAGACGCACCGUCGACUGAUGCACCGAAACGGGAUACCGAGCUAGAGUCGAGUGAUGAGGAGAAGACGACCGCAGACGAUGAUAAUCUGAACACGAUCGACACGUCCGACGUGGACAUCGAUGAGGCGAAGGAGAAUGGAAACGAAGCACCAGUGGACAAGCCGGAGUUCUCCGAACAGUGGUCAGGGCUGGAAUCGUUUGAAGCGGCACCAAACCCAUUGGAGGGUCUCGUGGCAGGAUCACCCGAGAUGACCGUUCAACGUAACCGUGGCAACAGCGAACUGCUCGAAUCGAGCUCGGAAGAGGAAUCGGAAGUAACCGCGCAACGGCAACCAGUGUCUGACGAAUGGCCUAAGCAGGACGAUCGUAAGCGGAUUAUUGUGUCGAACCGGUUCGAAAACCGGUUCAACGCAAACCAGGAAAGACCUGUCGGCGAUGCGCCCGCAACAACCGGGCACGAUCUUUCGAACGACAUCGCCAUCAACUUCCGGCUGGCCGCGGAUAAAAGUGUAACGGCAAACCCGAACGCCAUUACGUUCAAUCCGGUGAAUCCACCCUCCGUUGUUGUCCAGCGGGAUCCGUUUCCCGCGGCGGGACCGGGAAGGUUUCCAACCGUACCCGGUCGCCCAACGAUGGGCUUUCCUUCCCAGCAACCGGUUGGUAGUGUUGGCUAUCCCGCGGUAGGAAUGUUUCCAGGCUUUCCCGGAUCGGUUGGUUUCCCGGGUGGUCAAUAUCCGUUGCAACCAUUUCCCAUGCAACCGGCGCUGUUUGGUGUGCCGCAGGGCACAAACUUUGGUCUGGCAGCUCAGAACCCACAGGUACCGCCGUUCUUCUUCGGCAAUGGGCAGUUCCGGCGGCCUUAG